AUGGCAUUUGUUAUCUUUUUGAUCCCCUGCUUUGUGAUCAGCACCGACAUCGCUCUCUCCUGCCAGAAUGCAGACUUUGUGGGUGCCAGCUCUCCGGGGGACAUCAUUAUUGGAGGCUUGUUUGCAGUUCACAGCGAAAUGCUGCAUCCAGAAGGAGAUCCCAUCAAGCCAGUAAUUCAGAACUGUGCUGGCUUUGAAAUUCAAGUUUUUCUUCAGACUCUUGCAAUGAUACACGCUAUUGAAACCAUCAACAACUCAACGCUGUUAUCUGGAGUUACUCUGGGCUAUGAGAUCUACGACACGUGUGCAGAAGUUACAAAAGCCAUGGCAUCUGCUCUGAGAUUUCUGCCAAAAGUCAAUUCUUCUGAGGAUGCUGUGGAACUCAAGUGCAACUACACAGACUACAUCCCGAGAGUCAAGGCAGUCACUGGAGCCACCUACUCGGAGGUGUCGAUGGCAGUGUCAAGGCUCUUGGCUUUGCAGUUAAUCCCACAGGUCAGUCCUGCAUCAUCAGCUGAAAUCCUCAGUGACAAAAUCAGGUUUCCUUCUUUCUUCAGGACUAUCCCCAGUGAUUUUCACCAGACAAGAGCAAUGACUCGCUUGAUCUGUGAAUCUGGGUGGAACUGGAUCGGAGUAAUCGCCACUGAUGAUGACAAUGGGCGGUUCGCUCUGGAGAGCUUUGGGGUCCAGGCCAUGGCAAACAACGUUUGCAUAGCUUUCAAAGAGAUGCUGCCAGCCUAUCUCUCUGACAGCACCUUUCACACCAAAGUUGAUCAUGCAAUUGAGAAGAUUGUCAAGGAAACAAGAGUGAAUGUUAUUGUUGUCUUUAUGAGACAGUUUCAUGUGCUCAAACUAUUCAAGAAGGCGAUUGAGAGGAAUGUUAAUAAAAUCUGGAUUGCAAGUGAUAACUGGUCAGGUGCAGUCAAGAUCAGUACAAUUCCCAACAUCAGACAGUUGGGAACAGUUGUGGGAUUUGGAUUUAAAAGUGGAGACAUCUCCUCAUUCCAAGAGUUUCUGAGAAACCUUCAUGAAAAGCCCACUGAAAACAACAAGUUUUUGCGUGAAUAUGUUAUACUUUCGUCAGUCUGUGCACACCUGGAAUAUCAUGAUUUUCAAAAGUGCAUUGCAAGCCAGUCCCAGGAUAAUCUAUUGGAAAAUGAUGGGAGUAAACCUCAGAUCUGGAGAGAUGAUUUUUUGAGUGCUAACGUUGAACCAGGAUUUAUCCGUAGUACCACACUUGCAGUCUAUGCUAUAGCUCAUGCCAUUAAAGGGCAGUGCAAAGACAGAGACUGCAGGGAUCCCUCUGCCUUCACUCCCUGGGAGCUCCUUGAAGAACUUAAAAAAGUUGUAAUCAUUGAUGAUGAUAAGGAAGUCAAGUUUGACUCCAAUGGAGAUAUGAACAUCAGUUAUGAUGUCCUGCUUUGGAAAGAAAUUGAUGGCCACAUGGAAAUCACCACUGUGGCAGAAUACGAUGCAGACAAAGGUGGCUUUAUCUUUGAGGAUGAAGAGAAAAAAAAAGAUUUUCUGGCUUUAAAGAAGAUUCAGUCAACAUGCUCCCAGCACUGCAGGCCAGGCCAGGUGAAAAAGGUUACAGAAAGUCCACACACAUGCUGCUAUGAGUGUAUUUACUGCCCAGAAAACCAUUACAGCAACAAAACAGAUAUGGAUUACUGCUACCGAUGUAACAACAAAACCUACUGGGCUCCCACCAACAGCUCCACGUGCUACAGAAAGACAAUCUAUUUCCUUGCCUGGACUGACUGGUUUGCUGUCUUCCUCCUCCUCCUCUCUGCUUUUGGGGUUGUGCUGGUUUUGUCCAUUUGUGUAAUAUUCACCAAAAACUUGGACACACCGGUUGUAAAGGCAUCUGGUGGUCUGACUGUCUGCUAUAUUAUUCUUUUCAGCCACUUCUUAAUUUUUUUAAGCACUAUCUUCUUCAUAGAUGUACCCACCGAAUUCAAAUGUAAAACUAGGCAAGCACUCUUUGGCAUAAGUUUUACACUCUGCAUUUCAUGUAUUUUAAUAAAGUCACUAAAAAUUUUACUAGCUUUCAGCUUUGAUCCCAAACUUCAGAAUUUCCUGAAAUGCAUGUAUAAACCUAUUCCCACUGUGGUCACCUGCACUGGAAUUCAAGUUAUCAUUUGCACCUUCUGGCUAAUAUUUAGGACACCUUUUGUAAGUCAAAAUUUCUCAAUCCCAAGAGCCAUAAUUCUGGAAUGCAAUGAGGGGUCUAUUGUGGCUUUUGGGAUUAUGUUGGGCUACAUCGCUGCCCUAGCAUUUAUUUGCUUCAUUUUGCCAGAGAAUUACAAUGAAGCUAAAUUCAUCACUUUUGGCAUGCUAAUUUACUUUAUAGCAUGGAUAGUAUUUAUCCCUGUUUAUGCAACUACAUUUGGCAAAUACUUGCCAGCAGUGGAAAUCAUCGUUGUUUUAAUAUCUAAUUAUGGAAUCCUCUGCUGCACUUUCCUUCCAAAAUGCUAUAUCAUCAUUUACAAGCAAGAAACGAACACAAAAUCUGCCUUUCUCAAAAUGGUUUACACUUAUUCCUCUAAGAGUGCAGGCAGCGUUGCUGUCAGUCAGAUUUCUUUAGAUUCAAAGUCUUCCAGCUUCCGAGCUACUGUCACGGACUCAUGUAAAACAGAGAAUGACUCUGUGAAUGGAAACUGCCAUUUCCAAGUGCCUGGGCAGCCACUAAUAAAAGGCAAAGUUCUUCCUAAAAAUGCUGCAAGGACUAUGGUAAGGAAAAGAGUCUCCAGCAUAUGA